ACAAGAUAAAGAGGACAGACAGCCGGAGGGAUAGAGGUUGACGGAUGAGAAGGGUGAGCGGAGGUGAGCGAGACGGCGAGUAGCAGCGAUUCGCGGUGGAACGACGAGGACAACGUAUUGCACACACGGACGCGGCGCGCCACCAAAGGUGAAGGAUAAUUCGGAAGACCUGCAGAACGAACUUCGUGAUAUGAAAAAUUGGGAGAAGUUGAUGAAAGAACAGGAACAAUACCUAUUAAGCAAAUUAAACAAGGAGAAGCAAUUACCUCCUAUCAGAAAUAGCAGUAAGAAAAAACCUGCAACAAGAGAAAGCAAAAAUACUGAAAAUUCCAAAAGAAUGAAGUCACACGAUCAUACAGCAUGGGAAAAGUUUGAUGCUGACAAAGCUUGUGAUGACUUAGAAGAAGAAAAAGAGUCUGAUGAUUUGUCUAAUGAAUUCUUAUCUGAAGACCGGAUACAACAAAAUCACAAGGAAGCGAUAGAGUAUAAGGAGGAAGGCAAUCAUUUUGUGCGACAGAAAAAAUGGGACAAAGCAAUCGCUUCGUACAGUAAAGCGAUCAAACUUUUUCCUUACGAUGCUAUCUUCUUUGCAAAUCGUGCUCUCUGUUUUUUAAAGCAGGAUAACUUGUACUCUGCAGAAGCAGAUUGUUCAUCUUCGAUACAAAUAGAUGAUACUUACGUGAAAGCUUAUCAUAGGCGAGCAACAGCUAGGAUGGGAUUAAAACAUUACAAAGAAGCAAAACUGGACAUAGAGAAAGUCUUGACGUUAGCACCUUCUAACAAGGAAGCAAAAGCGUUGCUUAGUGAAAUUAACAAACGACUUAAAAAUUUUAAGCCAGUCAUUACAUCUGAAGAAGAUAUAGCUAAUGACAUUUCAGUAGAGAAAAAAAUUGCUGAAAAGAAGUUGGAUGAUGUGGAAUCAAACAAGAAAAUAAUUGAUAUCAAAGAAGAUAAUAACGAGAAUAGCUUAAAUAUAAAAUCUACUGCAAAGCCAACAAAUAUAAUAAAACAAACGAAAAAUUUAAAUAUUCCAGACUGGCUACCAGAAAAGGAUAAUGUUAAAAUUGUAGAACCUGUUGAAAAACCACCCCAUUUACGUUCAAAGGAGCCAUUUAGGAGAAUUCCUGUACAAGAAGCUGAUUUAACUAAACCUUUUAAAGAGGAAAUUAAAACGUCGUGUUAUAAAAUUAAAGACCUAGAAUUCAAUACAUCUUCUGAUAAUAUCACAGAGGUCAAUGAAAGUGUUACAAAAACUAAAUCUGCAGUGGAAGAAAACUUCACUAAAAUUUGCACAGAAAUACCUCCUGUUCCAAAAACUGCAGUGCACUUUAUCAUAAGCUGGAGAAAAUAUACCUCGUCCGAUUUUCGAUAUAAAUAUUUAAAACAAUUGCCACCAGGCAGCUUACCAAAGAUAUUUAAAGAAUCAUUGGAAAGCAAUAUUUUUAGUGAUAUAUUAGCAACCCUUAAGACAGAAUUUAUAAACAGGAAGGAAUCUAUAUUUUCAUAUCUAAAGGAUCUUAGUGAUGUUAGAAGAUUUAGAGCACUCAUUAUGUUUAUAAGUAAUUCCGAAAAGCAAGACUUGAAACUUAUGUUCUCAUAUUGUAAAAUAUCGGAAAAGAUAUCCGAGAAAGAACUUAUGGAGAUACAGAAUAGAUACGAAAUUUAACAAGGUAUGCUGUGAAUGAGAAUCAUAAAUUUUUACAAUUUAAGUAAUAAUAAAAUUGUUUAAUAUUAAUAAUAACAAAAUAAUUUUGAAAAAACAAUAGUUCAGUGUUGUGGUAAAUGUUGAUUAUAUUAUAAACUACAGAAAAGUGAACAAUUCAUUUAUUAAAAUGAAUAAAUAUUGCUUCGACGUGUAUAAACAGCUCUAUUGAGAUUAUAUAAGGAUUUUAAAUAUACCAAUUCAGAUAACAUGAAAAGAAUUGGAUGUUAUACAAAUGUUUAAAAGUUUAAUUUUUAUGUUCAAAAAUUUCAACAAAUAAUAUGUACAACAAAUAUUUGAAUGCUAAAUAUAUCUAUACACACACACA